AUGAUGGAAAAACGGCUUCCGCAGCCCCCGCGCAGUGAUAAUACGGUGUUUACCUACACGACUCCUGAGCGAACUACCACGCACAGACAGUUUCCUGCGUCACAAUCGCACGUGGAAUUGGGGCAGCGCACUCAGGCGGUUCAUCAAUAUUAUGCCACGACCGAUCCGUUUUCUAGGAAUGUGCUGCAUACCCCGAGCACGCCCUUGAAACGUACGCGCAACACGACUUCCAGCAAUUCUUAUUUGCGCCCAAGUUUCCACUUGGCACCGCCGGCCAGACUGCGAUCGGAGGCGACUGAGCCAAUGCAAGCCGUGCUGCCGUCCCGAACAACCGUGCACGGUGCGUUGUCGGGGUACCACUUGCCUGAAACUAGUACCCCUCAACUUGUGCGCACGCCUGAUUUCAGGCAGCCAGCACCAGAGGCGCCCCAGACGCUGGAGCCUGCGAUCUCGCAACCUAUUCGAUGGAAGCCCUCCACAUCGAUCGAUUUUCCUCCCAGGCAGGAGCCCGUCGCUUCACUGGAUCGAUCUUCUGUGGCUGGAUAUCCUCGCGCAUGUGUGGCAAAUAUAUCGUCGAUGCACAAUUUUGCCCCAGCUACGCAAGUGCCUGAUCUAGCUUCGAUGCAUAACUUUUUGGGCGUUGCUGCGCCCGCACAGACCCCUGCUUCGUUAAGGUCCACUGUGCCAGCGCCCGCGCCUGCGCCUAUUGAUCUUGCAGCAGAAGCACCCAUCUCUUCUGCAGCCGCCACUGGCGCUGUGCAACCCUGCUUGAUUAUCGAGUACUGCAAUCGGUGCCGCUGGCAGCAUCGCGCGGCAUGGCUGCAAACCGAACUGCUUCUUACCUUUCAAGCCAAAGAUGCUGCGGAUGGCCGCACUUCGCGUGCGUCCGGCGGCGGUGCACUGGCCAGUACUAUGCUCAUUCCUUGUGUGGCUCCAGAAACUGCGGGCCGUUUUCGUGUUUGGCUUAUCACGGAGGCCUUGCCGGGAUCGCCGAAUGCAGGCGCUACUGUCAUGUACUUGCUUUGGGACAGAAAGCAACGCGGUGGCUUCCCCGAUCUGCCGGAGCUGAAACGACUGGUGCGCGACAGGAUCGCGCCUGGCCAGGACCUGGGCCAUUCUGAAAAAUAG